AUAAGGAUGAUGAUAUGGAUCAUGAUGGUCCUAGUAACAACUCUGGAGAUGAUUUGGACAGAGAAGUCAAGAGAAAGAAAAAUGAGGAGGGAGGCAAAGAUAAUGAUCAACCAACACAUCAAGCUCCUUUGACAAGCACAUCUCUCUCUUUACUACCUAUUACUGUUUCUCAAGAGAAGGUUAAUAUAGAUACGUGUGUUUUGCCUAGAGAUGUGGCUGUUUCGGAUGAAGUGGAGGGGCAUAUGGCUACCUCGGACCUGGGCAUGGCUAUCCUUGAUGAGCAGGGAGCUGUGCACUCUUCGGUUCAGCAGAUUGGCAGCGGGCUGGAAGUCAUUGGAGCGGCCGGGAAGGAGGCUCAGGUGGUCGUGCAUGACACACGCCUGCGGGAUUUGUCUGUGAAUAGUGCGGCGACCCAUGUUGUGCAUGGCGCAUACAGCCACGGCGCGCCGGGUAUGACGAGCACGUCGAUCGCUGCGCAGACGGCUGCGGUGCAUGGCGCAUGCAGCCCUCGAACGCCGAUCAGGCCGGGUACGUCGAUCAUAUCGCCGACGCCGUUUUUUUCGUCCACGCCACUAAUAUCGCAGGCCCAGAUUUCUUCGGCCCCUGCCAAACCGUCUUCACAGGCUUUUUCAUCUAAUGCAACUACCGAUCUGCCUAUGGUGAAUGCAAAACGUACCUAUGUUCAUACGGUUAAACCGAAGCAGACAAAUACUAAUGUGUCUUCUCUGCCAAAGUCGGUGAAUAGCAUGGCAGAUGGUAUUGCAAACAAGAAAACGGUACCGGCCAUAAUGACUACUCCAGUAUCUAAAACUUACUCUAUUGAAGAGGUGAUUGCUUAUGGCGGCAUAAGAUCUCAGGAGGCAAAAGGUGUGAGGUCGAGUGGAAGACUUCGCGCACAACCCAAUGCGGAUGCGACUCAGCUUGAAAAAGCUAUGAUGCUAGCACAAAGGCGUAAUGAGAACUUUGCGCAAGGUUAUUCAUCGAGCUGUGCAUUGGAUACAGCUAUGGGCUUUCCUGUUACCGGAGGAUCAGCGCAAGGAUAUGGAUACUGGCUGCCACAAGCUGCUGGUGGUUACUCAGGAUUUCUACUACCGGGCUACUGGGUGGCGACACAGUAAUAGGAUAGAGUAUGGCUAGCCUAUUUAGGUGUCUUUUGUUCCGAUGGUUGAUUCAUGUUGCAACCAUAUCGGGUUUAUGACUGUAAUUCAUGUGAUUCUCAUACUUGUAAUUCAGACUUCGUGAUUUUUAAUAAAAAGGCCGUGUGCAUCAA